AUGACUUACCAGCCAUUCAUCUCACUAUUCCACAUGAUGGAGAUGGUCAACAAGCAUCCUCAGCUCACUGCCAUCUGCAAGUAUUCCACUUCAGGCAUUCAUAUAGCUGCUCGAUAUUGGCAUCACACAGCUAACCAUGCAUCUGCCCUUGCAUUUGAGCUUCUUUGUGGACCUCCACCUGAACUGCAUGAAUUCCUCCGCAUCAAGUUCAAGAACAGGACCAAUGAAGAUUUCCAGACUUAUCCCAUCUUCGGUCACAAAGGAGACAUUGUGGUAACAGAAUUCUUGUAUCGCCUUGAGAACUUUGCUAUCCUGAGUCAAAAACAAUGGGAAUCUGCAUAUGGAAUCAAUCAUGGCUACUUUGGUAUCAUGUCUGGUGCUGAGAACAUGAACAUGCUGCUUGCUGCCUUUUCAGCAUUCAUGCUCGUUGGGGUGUUUGCUCUAUCGUGGUUCAAGUGCAGGCGGAGCACAUCUGUUCCUGUUCCUGUUAUGCAUGUUGUUAACAGCGAGAAGGGGUGA